AUGAAGCUGCAAACUUGCAUAUUUCAAUUUUUUUUAACUUCCCUAAAUCACUAUAUCUGUCUUACACUCCUACACCCCCUCUCUCACUUUCUCUUUCUCUUUCUCUCUAUCAGCCUCUCCUUCAGUCUCUUUGUUUUUCUUUUGCUUUCUUUCUUUCUUUCAGCCUCUUCUUCCUCUCUCAUUCUUUGUUGUAUCUCUCUGCUAGUCUCUCUUAUUUUCCUUUGUUUUUCUUUCUGUCUGACAGUCUCUCUUGCUUUCUCUUUCUGUCUAUCUCUCUCUCUCUCUCUCUCUCUCUCUCUCUCUCUCUCUCUCUCUCUCUCUCUCCCAGUCUUUCCUUUCUUUUCUCGUUCUCUGUGUCAGUCUUUCGCUCUUUCUCUCUGUUUCUCGCUUAAUCUCAGUCCGUCUCUCAGUCUUUCUCUAUCAAUCUCUCGAUAUGAGUUUUUUCUCGUUUUCUCCCGUUCUUUCUUUCACUUUAUCUAUCUCUCUCAUCAAGAUUUUCUCUCUUUUUCUUUCUCAGUCGUUCUCUCUCUCUCUCUCUCUCUUUUCUGGCUUUAUCUGUGUCAGUCUGUCUUUCUCUUUAUCAAUCUAUUUCACUUUCACUCUCCCAGUCCUUCUCUACCGUUUCCUUCCUUUCUUUUAUCUUUUCUCUUUCUCUCACUGAAAGUCUGCUGA